AUGUCUACUUCGCUUUGCAGACGCAUUAGCGAAACAGACUUUGUAAAUGAUAACAGAUCGCCAUCUUUGCCGAGUAUCAGUAGAGACUCCCGCCACAAACGUUCUCAUACGGGGGCUAAAAGAGCUCACUAUCGUAAAAAGAGAAAGUUCGAGCUCGGCCGUCAACCCGCAAACACGAAAUUAGGUGCAAAGCGUAUUCACUCUGUACGUGUGCGUGGUGGGAACAUUAAAUUCCGUGCCAUGCGCUUAGAUUCUGGCAAUUACAGUUGGGGAUCAGAGGCUGUUACAAGAAAGACUAGACUCAUCGCGGUAGUCUAUAAUGCUUCGAACAAUGAACUGGUUAGAACCAAUACGCUUGUAAAGGGAGCCGUUGUACAGAUUGAUGCGACACCUUUCAAACAAUGGUAUGAGGCCCAUUAUGCUCAACCGCUUCGAAGAAGUAAGGGAAAAAAGGAGGGACAGGUUGAGUCGGAAGAAUUAACAAAAAGUCGAUCGAAUAAAGUUCAACGCAAAAUCAAAGAGCGUAAAGAAUUAUCCAAGAUUGAUCCACUUCUUGAAGACCAAUUCAAUACAGGUCGUCUUUUUGCCAUUAUAUCUUCUCGCCCUGGCCAAUCUGGUCGAGCCGAUGGUUACGUUCUCGAGGGAAAGGAACUCGAAUUCUACGUGAAGAAGAUCCGAUCCAAGAAAUAA